AUGGCCUUCGCUGGUGUCCUCGGUGAUGCUGACAUGAAAGCAGCUCUGGAUGGCUGCUCAGCUGCUGACUCCUUUGACUACAAGAAGUUCUUCAAGACAUGCGGCCUGGCCAGCAAGACCGCAGAAGAUGUCAAGAAGGCCUUCGCCAUCAUUGACCAGGACAACAGCGGCUUCAUUGAGGAGGAGGAGCUGAAGCUGUUCCUGCAGAACUUCUCUGCUUCCGCCAGAGCCCUCACUGACAAGGAGACCAAGGCUUUCCUCGCCGCCGGCGACAGUGACGGUGAUGGCAAGAUCGGAGUCGAUGAGUUUGCUGCCCUUGUAAAGGCAUAAAUGUCCAUUGACCAAGAUCCCCCCUCUUUUCAUGGAACUGCGAACUCCUUGCAAGAUUCAGUAAUCAUCAGCUGAAAGAAUAUUUUUUAUACCUUAUUUAUGAGUUGCCUGC